AUGUUUUCCAGGAAUCAUUGUGCACAGGUUUAUCUCAGUCCACCAGGAAACAAAUGUGCAUUUAACAGCGUUUACAUCCCAAAGAAACUCGUGCAGGAGUCGGUUUCCAGGCAUCCAUCAUUCCCCUCUCCCCCAUCUGUGCCUCAUGACCCCAACGUGGUGGGAGACAGCGCUCCUCCUGACGGGACCCCGUCUCUGAGCUCGGACUCUGCGCCAGGGAGGUCGACGCGAGGACGGAGUUCUGCUCCGUAUUCAGAAGAGACGGAUCAGUCUGGAGAAAGCGAUCCGAACCCAACCAUCUCCACUGUAAUCAGACCAGCCAUGGCCCUCAUCAGCAGCAUGCUGGCGGCCUACACCUACAUCACAGAGCACCCGGAGCGCUGUGCGCUGUAUUUCAUGUGCGGCGUCUGUGCCGGUCUGUUCCUCACGCUCUUCACGCUGGUGGUUCAGAUAUCCUGCCGUACGGACUGUAAACCUCGCCACGGCGUCGCUAAGAAGCGUCCGAGACCCGCGGACUCCGACAGCAACACCAGCGACUCUGAUUCAGACUGGGACUCGAGCUCGGACCUCUCGGCCCGACGGCACCGGCGCUUCGAGCGCACGCUCAACACAAACGUCUUCACGUCGGCGGAGGAGCUGGAGCGAGCGCAGCGACUGGAGGAGAGAGAGCGCAUCAUACGGGAAAUCUGGAUGAACGGACAGCCGGACGUCCCAGGAACCCGCAGCUUGAAUCGCUACUACUAGAGCGCCGCCUCCGAUCGGACGAUUCCAGACAGGAAGCUACUAACAGGACGCUAAAGCAGCUGGAGUCAUCGCCUAGUGUGGCAUUAAAUGGCGUAUUUGCAGUGGAAAUAAGCUCUUCAUUGAGGCGCGGUUUAUCCAUGAGGUGAAAGGUCAAAUGCUGACAAGUCAGAUUUGGGAAUAUUCUUACCUGGUGUCUUGAAGUUGGACAUUUUCUGCAGCGUGCGGCUGAAGCUAAGGCUCAUGGGAGAUGUGGUUCAGUUGAAAGGAGUCUAUAGGCAGCUCUGAGAGGCGUGAUAAGCUCUAAGCACUGUGAUUGGUCCUUCACUCCGCCUGUCAAACAGUGAGGACCGCCUUCUGUAGGGAGAGACCUGAGCAAAUUAAGUGCCUUCCAGUUUGAUCUGACAAAUACACAUACAGUAUACAGUGGGACUAAAAUAUAUUUGGACACUUAUAAAUAUCUGAAUGUCAUUGCAUAAGGAAACAAAUAUAACAAACCAAGCUGCGACUGCAAGAAAAUGAUGCUGGAGCUUCACUUUUCUGCAUCGGUUUUGCUUAAUGACCUUUAAUCUCAUCCACAAUGCCACAUUGAAUCUUUUGGUAACACUUUACAACGAGAUACUACAUUAGUUAACAUGAACUAACAAUAAAAAAUACUUUUAAAGCAUUAGUAAAAUCAAAAGUUCUGUUUGUAUUUAAACCUGAGGUAUACAAGCCUGUUUCAGCUAUGGGAUAAAAAAAAAUCAGAUAAUUUGUGUUUUUUCUUCUUCUUUUAAUCACAAUUUU